AUGAAGGGCAUUGCGAUCCUCGGCGGCCUGUUGGCGAGUGGUGCCUCUGCGCAUAUGCAGAUGAUGAAGCCCUACCCUAUCCGCAGUCCUCUGAACAAAGACAGCCAAGGCCAGAAGGACUACUCCUACACGAACCCGCUGUCGACUUCGGGAAGUGACUACCCGUGCAAAGGUUACGCCAACGACCCGUUCGAGUCGCAGGCAACCUACUCUCCCGGCCAGUCGUACGAUAUGGAGCUUGAUGGCAGUGCCACCCACGGCGGCGGCUCUUGCCAGCUCGCCUUGACCUAUGACCACGGCAAGACCUUCAAGGUGAUCGAGUCAAUGCUGGGCGAUUGCCCGAUCGCGAAGAAGUACGACUUCACGAUCCCCUCCGAUGCCCCGUCAGGCGAGGCCCUGCUGGCCUGGACCUGGUUCAACAAAGUUGGAAACCGCGAGAUGUACAUGAAUUGUGCUAUGGUCACGAUUGGGGGCGGCUCGAGCAGCGCUGGGAACAAGACUCAGAGCACGAGCAAGGGCAAGGUGGUGCACGGCAGCAAGCUCGUCGACAAGCCGAUGGCGGCGGUGGGCAAGAUGUUGCACAUCAACCACCCACCCAUGGAGCAGGCCGACAAGCGCGACAUGACCGAUGACGCGGAUGACACCGAGAUGAUGGGUCAGUCCAAGACCGCCGCCUUCGACAGCCUGCCUGAGCUCUUCGUCGCCAACGCGGGCCAAGCAGGUGGCUGCGUGACAAUCGAGGGCGAGCCGGUUGACUUCCCCAAGCCGGGAGACAAUGUCGUGGGCAAGAUCGAUGGGAAUGGCAAGGGCUACAAGUGCACAGGCAGCGCUCCUUUCCUCUCCAGCAGCGACAGCGACUCUUCUUCCUCUUCCACUUCCAAGUCGGACUCUCCUGUCACUUCCACCACCAAGUCGGACGCUUCUUCCACUCCCAAGUCGGAUUCCAAAGAGGUCAAGAGCACGUCCUCCAGCAAGUCGUCCUCCAGCAAGUUGUCCUCCAGCAAGACGUCCUCUAUCAAGAAGUCCUCUAGCAAGAAGCCCACCAGCAAGACUUCUUCCACGACAGACGCCGGCAAAACUACCACCAAACAGCAGAAGGAGACCGACUGUCCCGACGAGAAGUCGGCCCUGUCCACUCGCAGUACCACCACUGACACCCCGUCUGUGUCCAAGGUCGCCUCGCCAUUUGGUACUCCCACCGCUGAUCCCCGUGUUCUCAGUGGCCAGGCUUCUCUCAGUGGCCAGUCAACUGCCGUGGCCUCGACCAACAACGCCUUCUCCAGCUACGUUGCCCAGUGGACCUGCACUUCCGGCGAGAUUCUAUGCUCUCCUGAUGGAUACACCUGGGCCAUGUGCUCCAAUUCACGCCCCAUAUUCAUGGGCGCCGUUGCUCCGGGCAUGAUGUGCCGUUUGGGCGAGAUGGUCGCUGCCGGCUGGAGUCCUUGA